GAUCCGGUCACCGUAAGUGCCCCGCGCCGCGCGCGCUGUCGUCCACGGGAGCUCGCGCACACGCUCUCUCUCUCUCUCUCUCUUUCUCUCUCUCUCACCUUCUCUCUCUCUCUCUCACCCUCUCUCUCUGUCUUGUGAGCUUCUGACAGCAAGUCACUCCUCGAGCGUCGUGCUCGUUUUCUCGCUCCAGCACGUGAACCGAGUGUUUUUAGUGUGUUUGGAUGAGGCCCCGCAGACGGCGCGCGGAUCUCUGAGCUCACACCGACCCCGCAGAAUAUCUGGAUUAAAGGUAAAGAGAGUGGAAGUGUUCGACUGAUGGAGAACACACAGGAGCUGAACGAGCCGGCGGUGAAGAAAGCUCUCUCUGAUACACACGCUCCGGACCCCUCAGACAACAGAUCUUUGGAGAUGCAGGAUUUAACAAGCCCUCAGCACACAGUCACCAGCAGCAACGACAGCAGCUCCAAACUGGACAAGAGCCUCCUCACCAACAACAUCUCCACCAAUGGAACAGGAGGAGAGAACAUGACAAUUCUAAACACGGCUGAUUGGCUGCUGGGUUGCAGCACUCCGCCCACUGCCUCAAGUACGAAGGACUAUGUAAAGACUGAGCCUCUGAACAGCAGUGAAGCCGUCAGCACAGCAGGAGACACAGGGCUGGACACUUACACAGGGUCAGUUAUAACCAGCAGCGGCUUCAGUCCUCGACCUGCACACCAGUAUUCUCCUCCUCUCUAUCCGUCAAAGCCUUACCCACACAUCUUGUCCACGCCUGUGGCUCCGCCCAUGUCUCCAUACAACGGCCAAUCCCAGUUCAGCAGUAUGCAGCAGUCCACGGUGUAUACGCCCUACUCUCAAACCACACAACCCUAUGGCCUCUCCACUUAUGCAGAUCUGGGAGUGAUGCUACCAGGGAUAAAGACAGAAGGGGGUCUGUCCCAGACACAGUCCACCCUCCAGUCAGGGCUCAGCUACAGUCCUGGUUUCACCACCCCUCAGCCUGGACAGACAGCCUACUCGCCCUAUCAGAUGCCAGCAUCAGGGUUUACAACCUCUCCUGGCCUCUACACCUCCAACAACUCAGUCUCCAAUCCAGCCAACUUCAGCACACAGCAGGAAUAUCCCUCAUACACAGCAUUUGGGCAGAAUCAGUAUGCUCAAUAUUACUCCGCUUCCUCCUACGGCUCCUAUAUGACAUCCAACAGCACAUUGGACAGCACAGGCUCCACCUCCAGCUAUCAGCUGCAAGACCCUGCCCCUGUCAUAACAGGACAAGCUCCUGAGCUGCACCCAGGUGAGUUUGAGGCAGGGCAGAGUCCUUCCACACCCAUCAAAGAACUGGAAGACAGGACGUGCCGAGGGGGUGGGGCUAAAACCAGGGGGCGAGGGAGGAAGAACAACCCCUCACCACCUCCUGACAGUGACCUGGAGAGAGUCUUUGUGUGGGAUCUGGAUGAGACCAUCAUUGUGUUCCACUCACUUCUGACAGGGUCUUACGCGCAGAAAUAUGGCAAGGAUGCUCCAAUGGCUGUUACACUGGGUUUGAGAAUGGAGGAGAUGAUCUUUAAUCUCGCAGACACACAUCUCUUCUUUAAUGACUUAGAGGAGUGUGAUCAAGUACACAUUGAUGAUGUGUCAUCAGAUGAUAAUGGACAGGACCUUAGUACUUACAGUUUUGCCACUGAUGGCUUCCAUGCAGCUGCGACUAGUGCCAGCCUCUGCCUGGCGACGGGCGUCAGGGGCGGAGUGGACUGGAUGAGGAAGCUGGCCUUCCGCUACAGAAGAGUGAAGGAGUUGUAUUGCACGUAUAAAAACAAUGUGGGGGGGCUGCUGGGGCCAGCUAAGAGAGAGGCAUGGCUUCAGCUCAGGGCGGAGGUUGAGGCUCUCACAGACUCAUGGCUCACUACUGCACUCAAGUCUCUGUCAAUCAUCAGCUCCAGGAGUAACUGCGUUAAUGUCUUGGUGACUACGACGCAGUUAAUACCAGCUCUUGCUAAAGUGCUGUUGUACAGUCUGGGCUCUGCCUUUCCUAUUGAGAAUAUCUACAGCGCAACCAAAAUUGGCAAAGAGAGUUGCUUUGAGCGCGUAAUGCAAAGGUUUGGCAGGAAGGUAGUGUAUGUUGUUAUUGGGGACGGUGUGGAAGAGGAGCAGGCCGCUGCCAAGCACAACAUGCCAUUCUGGCGAAUAUCGAGCCACUCAGACCUGCUCGCCCUUCACCAAGCACUGGAAUUCGAGUACCUGUAAUACUGUAUCAUAGGCCUCUUUUUGUACAACUAUUUAAGAACAACAGUACACUGUAAUCUCCUUUUAUGUUGUUUUGUGUCUUUUUAAUGAUUUCUCUGGCUUCUGAGAUAACUCUGCACUGUCUUAAAAAGACUCGGACUGUCUGGGAAAGGGGCAGCUGGGGUUUUACUAGUCAAAACAGGCUCGUCAAGAGCUCACAAACGUCUUACAUCAUACGCGCGCUGCAUUUCAGCGGGGUGUCCAUUUCUCUUAACACAAACAGUAAGGAAAAAACGCUUCAACCUAAGGUCACAUAGGCCCUCUGUAUUCAGAGGAUCUUCACCCUGCAGUGUCCUCUCCAGUUCUUCUCGCUUGUAAACCAAAAGAUCUGUACCAUCUCCCCCAAAAAAUACAGCCUAGCAUAGAUUGAUAAAUCAUGUAAAUUAUUUUACGGUAACUAGUUUUAAGAUUAAAUACGCUGUGUGUUUGCAAAUGCAUUUUUUUUUCAUUUGGUCUUUUUGUAAGUUUUUGGCUAAGAAGUAUGUGUAUAAUGAUUUGUUGUGCCUUAUGAACUGUGGUUUGUGUGUUUUUUUGUUUAUUUUGAAAAUGUAUGUAGAUGAAGGACAAGACAAAAUGAAAGACUUAAAUCCAUUAA